AUAUUGGAUCUGGCAAUCCUAUAGCGCAUACCGUCUCCGGAUUGGAAACGAUUUAGAACUUGGCCUACCGCUCUCCCGUGCCUGUACGCAAGGACUCAGAUUUUAAUAACUUCUUUAUUAAGGCCUAUAAAAGGUUGUGACAGAAUAAUAACUAACCACAAAAGCCAUGGUUUUGUAGUUACUGGACUUUUCUCGAUUUAUAACGGAGCAUUUUUCUAAACUAAAAUCAGAAUAAUAUACGCACGUCAACCCAAAAAGACAAGAAAGAAGAUGUCUAGAGGAAAGAAAAAUGAAAAUAAAGUGCCUAAGGACGGAAAAGUGUUGAAUUUUCACCAUCUCGUGUUCAGAGUGGCUAAUGCUAAAACGGCGUCCAGUUUCUUCGUGACGCGGUUCGGAUUCCGACCUUUCGCCAUUCGUGAAGCCAGCGACUCUGAGCCUGUGACCACCAUUGUCGUGAAACUUAAUAAGAUAACAAUCGCCUUCGAGUCGCCGACAACUACGAAUUCCCCGCUGUCUCCGGAUCUUUCUCUCCAUGGAGACUUCGUGAAGGACGUGGCUUUCCUGGUCGAGGACUUGGACGCGCUGGUGCGAGGGGCCAAAGAGGGCGGCGCGGAAGUACAAGGGGUAAAGGAGGAGACCGACGAAGGGGGGAUGGUGAGGUAUGCGGUGUUGAGGACGUAUGGCGAUAACACGCACACACUAAUCGACCGCAGUAAUUAUAAUGGAUUUUGGUUACCCGGCUUCAACCCUCUGGAAAGCGAUCCUUUAGAACAGUUACUUCCGGAGACGAACUUAGAGUACAUUGACCACGUGGAAGGGAACGUGGCUGACGGGACCCUGGAGGAUUCCGUCACCUGGUACGAGAAGAACCUGAAUAUGCACAGAUUCUGGUGCGUCGACUACACCCAUGAUCUAGUUCCAUACUCCUGCAUCAACUCCGCAUCUGUCAUCAACAAACAUGACAAUGUUCUCUUAUCAAUGAACGAAGCAGCCAAGGGUCUCAGGCCGACGAGCAAAGCCAGCGAGUUCGUGAAGGCGCACGGGACGUCGGGCGUGGAGCAUGUCGCCUUGUAUACCGACGACAUCAUAGCCACUAUUCGAAACCUGAAAGCUCGUGGCGCGGAGAUCCUGGCAUUCCCCCCGACUUACUACGACGUCAUCCGAGAAAAGCUGGCCGGGAGUUCUCUGAAGGUCUCCGAGACCAUCGACGAGCUGCAGGAGAACUGUGUGCUGAUAGACUUCGACGAAAAGGGUUACAUGCUGCAAGCGUUUACCAAGCAUGUGCAGGCGCGUCCCACGUUGUUCCUCGAGAUUCUACAGAGAAGGAACCACAGGGGUUUUGGAGCCAUGAAUUACAAAUGGGUAUUUGAAGCAAUCGAACGCCUGGAUGCUCAGAAGCCAGCAGAAGCGUCUGAAGACCAGAAGCCAGCAGAAGCACCUGAAGACCAGAAGACGCAAGGAUAAUCAAACAGAACAUCGUAAUGCACUUAAAUAUUGUAAUCAAUAAACUUUACAUACUUUAAA